AUGGAGCGGCUCAAAAGCUUCGGGUUUCCCUACUACCUUCCGGAUGUCGGGUGUCACUUGAGAGACCUUGUCAGCGGUCUUGAGAUGGCAACUGGCGUUUUAGAGCAGCUGAAUCCCGACGAUGGCAACAGCGAGGUCGAGGGACCUGAGGAGAAACCUAAGCCCCUGCGCCCCUCCAGAGCAACCAAGGCAGUUUCCGAACGCGUUCAACGCGAGUCCUAUGAGCUGUUUCAGAGCGCCUUCGACCAAGCGGUCGGCGUUAUUCAUCCAUCUGGUUUCAAAUCCAUCUAUGACAUCCCCGUCACCAAUGAAGAGCGAGCCGAGCUUCAGAAGCCCAGGCCCAGGCGUCGUCGAGCUCCCAAACAUCGCCCUUUGCCCACGCUAAAGGAGGGCGAGAAGCGACUUUAUGGAAUUCACGAGCGAAUCACUAACGUUUUCCGAAAGAUGAUGUACGUCUCUGGCGAGACUGCAGAGCCGUCCGUCGAAACUACUAGUAUGAUCGAAGACAUCGUUCGUCAGCAGGUUAUUGAGCUGCUUAGAAACUGCACAGACCUCGCUGCUCGUCGUGGUUCUCGAUCAAUCACUAUCAAUGAUUUGAUUUUCCAGAUCCGCCACGACCAAGCCAAGGUCUCCCGCCUGCGGACCUUCCUCUCAUGGAAGGAUGUUCGAAAGAACGUCAAGGAUUCCGACGACAAGGGAGGUGAAGCGGAUCUCGGUGCCGGCGAAGACCCUGCUGGCGGAGUGAUGCCCGGUGGCCCCGUCGAUGAUGCUGCAAAGAAGAACAAGAAGGCCAAGGUCGGCCUUCCCUGGGAGCCGUCCUCAUUCUACAGUCAAGAGGUCCCCGAGCGUGACGAUGAGGAGGAUGAAGAGGAGGAGGAGAUGAACUUCAUCACCCUUCAGCGUCUUCGAAAGGCUGAUGAGCGUACCAAGGCUAUGACCAAGGAGGAGUACGUCACCUGGUCCGAAUACCGCCAGGCCUCCUUCACCUACCGCAAGGGCAAGCGCUUCCGCGAGUGGGCUGGUUUUGGAAUUGUCACCGACAGCAAGCCUUCUGACGAUAUCGUGGACAUUCUCGGUUUCCUGACGUUCGAGAUGGUUCAGACCCUCACCGAGCACGCCCUCAAGGUUAAGGAGCAGGAGGACUUGUUCAAGGCACUAAACGGAGGCGACAAUGCCGGCUCGAAGAAGCGCAAGGUCGCGACUGGUCUCUUCGACCCCCCUAGUGAGGGUAGAUCCCCGAUCGAACCGCGCCAUGUUCAGGAGGCUUUCAGACGUCUCCAGCAGCGCCCCAAGAAGACCAGAGCUAUGCUCAAUGGCUCGAGACUGCCCCAGCACACGGCUCUCAACAUUACGAAGCUCAAGGUCCAGCUGAAGCUGGCAAUCGCACGGCUGCGCAUGGUUCAGCAGCGCGAUGAGCAACUGUCCAAGACGCAACGACGCGCAAUGGCGCAGCUCCUCGAGGUGGGCAAGAUUGACUCCGCGCGCAUCCGGGUCGAGAACAUCAUCCGCUCCGACAUCACGACCGAGCUACACGAGAUACUGGAGCUGUACUGCGAACUUUUGAUAGCACGCGCAGGGCUUCUCGAAGGAUCGACAUGUGACCCUGGCUUGGAGGAGGCGGUCAAGAGCAUCAUCUAUGCGGCGCCCAAGACGGAGAUCAAGGAGCUGCAGGUCGUGCGGACGCUGCUCGCGGAGAAGUAUGGCAAGGAGUUCGUGAUGACAGCCAUGGACAACUCGGAUGGCAAGGUGUCAGAUAAGGUGGUGAAGAAGCUCAGUGUCGUCCCACCCAAGGAGGAACUAGUGGUCGGGUACCUGGAGGAGAUCGCCAAGGCGUACAACGUCGACUGGCCGAAACGGCCACAGGCCGCGGAGCCUCCUGACCUGCUUGACGAUGAUGACGACGAAGACAGCCCGAGCGGCGGUAUUGGUGUCAAGAUACCCGAGGGUCCGUUGGGAAAUAGUACAAAGGUAGCCAAAGAACAGGAGGAGCUGAGCAAGGCGACGCCACCGAGGACGAUUGGAGGACCUAGCAGCCCGUUGACGGUCACUCCGCCCAGGAUGACAACGGACAAUGUUCACCCCAAGGUCACGCUAAACUCGCUGGAGCUCAAGCCGAACAAGAAGAUGGACGCUGCGGCGCAGAAGAAGCCGGGCGGCGGGCCGGGGGGUAACGUGCCCGAUAUUACGGAGUUGGAGAGGAGGUUUGCGGCUUUGAAGAGAUGA